GUCUUUGGAGGCGAUAGGUAUCAACGAUCCCGCGGUACAAGCAACCAAGGUAGCGCGCGAUGAAGAAGUCCUCAGAUCCUUCGAAGAGAACAUCAAGAUCAACGAAGAAGGCCGUUACGAGUUGCACCUGAGGAUCGGGAUUAUCUUCGUUUCCUGUGGUGGUCGAAGAUUGAUGAAGAAGAUAGAACGAUGAUCACAUAUCGUCAUAGGCGAGUCGUCUUUGGCGUGACAUCGAGUCCAUUUCAUCUCGUAGCCACCAUUAAUCAUCACUUGGAUAAUUGUUCAGAACCACUAAAGGCAACAGCGGCAAAAUUGAAGAAAUCUUUUUAUGUAGACAACUGCGUCACAAGUGUGGAAUCAGAAGAAGAGCUCAACAAAUUCAUAAGCGAAUCAAAAAAGGUAAUGCUAGACGGUAAAUUUGACCUUAGAGGUUGGAUCUCUAGUCCCAUUUUGGUAGAUAAGAACGUCGAAAACACGUCAAUACUAGGUGUAAUCUGGAACGUGAAAAAUGAUACCCUACAAUGUAACGUCAACUUUAAUAAUGUUGAACAAAAAUUGACCAAACGAACGUUACUUUCAGUAGCGCAAAGGGUUUUCGAUCCUAUCGGUUUUACCUGCCCCACGACCAUAAUCCCUAAGAAGAUCUUGCAGGCAACGUGGUGUAAGAAAUUGACCUGGGAUCAAGAACUACCUGAAGAUUUGGCCAAAGAAUUUAGAAAAUGGAUAGAACAAGCUUACGCCAUCAACGACUGUGUUAUUCCCAGACGACUUACAAGCGUGUCCAUACAGGAGUGCGAAAACUCUUUGCACGUAUUUUCUGACGCAAGUAAGGAUGCUUACUCAGCUUGUAUAUUUUUGCGGUCAAAACAGGGUGAUGACAUUAAUUUAAGCCUUGUCCUAGCACGCUCAAGAGUGACACCAGUCAAUAAAAUUACGAUUCCGAGGCAGGAGCUGAUUGCUGCAACAUUGGCGUGUAGACUAUCCGUGACAGCUAUUGAAUCUCUGGCCCUACCCAACUGUGCGGUGUACUACUGGUCAGAUUCAAGUGUCGUUAUAACGUGGAUAAUGUGUGAAGGACCUUGGAGCGUCUUUGUUUCCAACCGAGUGAAGGAGAUAAGAAACUUGAGCCCCACUUCCGCUUGGAGACACGUCCCUGGCCAUCUAAACCCUGCUGAUCUACCUUCAAGAGGCAUCAACCCCAAGGGACUCCUAGAAAGUCGAUGGUGGGAGGGCCCAGAGUGGUUACGAUUGGAUGAGGGACAUUGGCCGGUUGCAAAUUUCGCACUCAACUCGUCAGAAGCUGAUCUCGAACGUAAGAAGACUGUUACUGUCGCCAUGCACGUCGAAGAAGAAUCUUUCCUAGACAGGUUCACCUACUUCUCAAGCUACAUCAAGCUAGUAAGAAUGAUUUGCUGGAUGUUACGAUUCAAGAAAAAAUCGACAUCGAAGGAGCUAACUUACGAAGAGUUCGAAUACGCUGAGAAUAUAUUAAUAAGGUUAGUACAAAAAAGGUGCAUAAACUCUUUAGUAAAUGAUCGCAACAUACAAACCUUUGUAGAUGAAAAUGACAUUUUACGUCUAAACACAAAACUGUCACUCGGUAAUGAAAAUUAUAAUUUCAAGUUCCCCGUGAUUCUUCCCGGAUCUGACCCGAUAGUUCGGCGUCUUGUUGAGUGCAGACACAUCGAGCUUAAGCACGCUGGCGCACAAACGCUACUCAAUAAUCUACGCCAGAAAUUUUGGAUUAUCGGCGUCAGAAAUUUAGUUCGUAAUAUUAUACAUCGCUGUAUAAGGUGCAAACGAUUUAAAGCAAAACGAUGCCAAGCGCCCACCGGUGUUUUACCGAACGAACGAAUGGAGGCGAGCACGGCUUUUCAACAUUCAGGUGCCGAUCUAGCUGGACCUUUGACUUUACGCUCUGGUGCUAAAGCGUGGAUCGUUCUAUUUACCUGUGCUACUUACCGUGCAGUGCACCUAGAAGUUGUGGAGUCGCUGUCAACAGGGACGAGUACAUAAGUUCACUCAUACAAAAGCGUGAGCGGAAUGGACCUGUACAACUUCAGCCUGGAGACGUCGUCUUGGUGGAGACUGAAGACAAGCGUGUGUCAUGGCCACUGGCCAUAAUUGAAGAGGUUUACCCUGGUGCCGAUGGCGUUAGUAGAGUGGUUCAUGUUAGAACUGCAGCCGGAACAAAGGUAAGACCUGUUCAACGCAUUUUUCCACUGGAGUUAAACUCGGAUGACAGACUUGACUCGUCUUUUAGGCUAGUUGAUACUGACUCUACUGAACAAAUACAAACUGAGACAAAUGAGAGCAAUGAGCGUAAUGUGACCAAUGAGGUACGAUCAACACGAGCCAGAAGGUUGCCACAACACCUGUUUGAUUAUAUCUUGGACUAAUAAGAGUAGCUUAACCUUCCGGUUCUUCCCGCUCGGGAGUGUGACGUAUCCUGCUCUUGUAAAGAGGUUUUAUACUGUGUUUUAUAUUCAUAAUUUUAUAUUUGGAUUUAGAACCCUGUCGCUUUACAAGAAUUGGAAUUAUACGUUACCAUAGCAGUCUAACAAACAGCCUCGUCUUAACAAGA